AUGAUUGUCGCUAUUAUGUUCUUGCUUUACACAAGCAAAUUGUAUUGCCAAGAUUCAACAGACGGGCCUUCUUCUUCUAGUGAAAAUUCUACUGACGCUGCCACGGCUAUUACUAUAACCGAGUCUCUGACUGGUGCUACCAAUACUUCUAUUGAUGAAUCUUCUACUAUUCCUGUCGGCUCUUUUACUACUCCUGACGACUCUUUGACUACUCCUGACACCUCUUUUGCUACUACUACUGACGACUCUUAUAUUGCUACUAAUGAGUCUCUUGCUAAUACUACCGAAGCUCCUACAAUAUCUGCCACGUCUUCUACAACAAUCGCUGCGUCGUCUACUACUACCAUACCUUUUACUACAAGUAUUGCAAGCCCUACUGUUUGUCCUCCCGAUCAAUUUCCAUUCGCUGAUACAUGCAUUACAGCAAGCCAGAAUGGUGGUGUUGUAAUUACCGCAUUCAUCUUAAAUAAUGCACGCUCAGCUUCAUCAUCAAAUAACCAACAACGAGAUUCUCGUGAUAAGUUCAAAAAUAGAACACCAAAUAAUAAUCAAACUACAUCACAUUCAACAGCAAUAACUGAUUUGAGUAAACCACAACAAACAAAAGUGUUAAAUAAGCAAUCUGCAACAAAACUAAAGCAGCGCGAACCACCAUCUGAUCUAUCCAAUGUAAAUGAACAACGGAAACCAAAGUUAAAAGGACAAUCUAAACCUACUGAUCUUGAUGAAGAUUUUUUCUAA